CUUUCGCCUUCCUAACUCUCAAUCUAUUUAUAUCUCUUUUUCUCUCAAAGUUGCCUCCACUUUCACAAUGAACAAAUGCGAUGAAUUCUAACAGCAAAACCACUGUAACAGUCUCCUCCUCCAAAGCUAUCUCCGGUGAAUCUAUGUCCAAGAAGCCAUAGUCUCAUCCGCCAAAGGAAACGAAACUGUGUCUCAGUUGAUUUGGAGAGUAGGCUGUGUUUUCGCUGAGAUUCUUACCAGAAGACCAGUUCUUAAAAAGGAAGAACAGAGAACUGUAGAUUGAAUAACUUCACCAAAUAUAUAAACUCUUUGGUUCACCAGAUGAAGAAUUCUGGGAGAAGACCACGACAUCACCAUGAGCGUUGUCUGAGAAAAAAAUUAUAAGGAGUUUCCGAUAACAUAAGCUGAUCUUCAGGAAAAUCUAUUAUCUGUUUAUCCAGACAAAUGAGAAACUCCCUCUUAUGCUCUCAUGUAAAAGCUGAGGGUGUUACUUGGAUCAGCAGAUUGAUUAGGACGAGUUCUUGUGCUCAGCGAAGAGAUAAGGAAACACAUUCUACCUUAACACCUGCUCAGCUGAGGGUGUGCCUGUAUCGGCAGUUUGCUCUUUCCUGUGUUUGUGCUCAGCGAAGAGAAAAUGACACACAGUCCACCUAAGAUCUAAGA